CUGUGGCGCUUAAAUAACCAGCAAAUGCAUGCUGAUGACACUUGAGGAUCUGUCAUAAAAAAGAAACGCUCUAGCCAGCGAAUCAUCGACACAUGAAGCUUCAAAGAAUGGAAGGCCACAGCAUUGGACGCUUGGGCGCUAUUGUGGUUUCAUUCUGCGCAUUCAUCGUUGUACUGGUUCUUAAUGCAAUAGCUGGACCAGGAUUACCACCAUUUACGAACAGCACUGGAGAUAUAUCAGAUAAAUAUGGCACUCAGAUCACGCCCUCUGGCUGGACGUUUUCCAUCUGGGGUGUAAUUUACGCCUGGUUGACGGCAAUGUUCGGCUACAUCCUCAGCACAAUCUGCCGACGCAAUGCCUACGGCUAUAUGUACUGUAGUCCUCCUGUGUUGCCAUAUGGAUUCUUCAUUUCCUGGAUACUUAAUAUGAUACUUAACAUUGCAUGGCUUUUGCUAUGGGACAGACAGGAAAUGAUUGCUGCAUUUGUGGUUCUGGCGCUGGUAGCCUUCACAAACUAUGCUUUGAUAUUCUUCUCCUGUCAUGGAUUGAAAGACUAUGGUGCUUGGCUGAACAAAUACCACAAAGUAGACUUGUGGCUUGUCCGUGUGAUGGUUCAGAAUGGCAUAGGCAUUUACACGACAUGGACAACAAUUGCCACCUUGAUCAACCUCACCAUUGUUAUGGACUAUAAUGGGCAGCUUUCCACAUUGGAUGCAGGCACUGUAUCUUUCUCGAUUCUGCUGGUUGAAGUGGUUGUUUGGUAAGCCUUGUUAUGGAGAACAAAAAACAUGAAACUUCCUGAUAUUUGUGACAAAGAAGAAGAACAAGAAAGGUCCUUGUAUUUGGGUGUACUGAUACACACAAAGACAUGAAACUUCCUGAUAUUCCAGAUGCACACCCCACAUUAACUUUGAACAUGAA